CAUAAGAGCAAAAUAAUAAGAAGAAAAAUCAACCUGCCAAAUUAUUAUUUAAUUUUCUAAAUUUGUUUUCUAUUAAAUUGUAGUCGGAGAUACUUUGCAUAUUUCCACUUGAGCCGACUGUUUUAUAUAUGACACCUAUUAUCCCUAAAACUAGAUAGCAUAUUAAAAGCUAAGUGUUCCAAAGAGAAAGGAGAAAGGAGAAAGGAAGGAAGCUCAUCUCCAAUUGGAAAACCUACCUACAUUUUCUGGUUUACAAUAAGAAUUUAUUUGAGAGUUGGAGAGUCCAGACGCUUGAGGGAUUAUACAGACCCAUAAAGAAUUCAGGAAGGCAAACACUCUUCACAGGCUACACAAUCCUUGUGAAGAUGGACUGCAAAGGAGAUAAUGUUAACUCUGUGGUCAAAACAACAACAGAUAACCUUAACAUCAUAAUUGAGGUACAGCAAAAAUGGAAGCAUAUUCAGAACUGUGAGAUGGAGAUCAUAAGCUCUAAGAAUAGAGCUUUUGUUUUGGAGAUUUACAAUCACCUUACGGAUUACUUAACUCAGCUUGAUUCUGUACAGGAGGUGAACCCUAGUUUGGCUGAUUUAAAGAGAAAUCUGACUGAAACUAUUUCAAAGUUUCACAACUAUAUAAGUGAUGUGCUGUUAAAGAGAAAAAGUCUUGUGAUGCAAUUUGAAACACCAACAAAGAAUUCUCUACUUUCAGACAUUAAUUCAGAUUGUUUAGAAGCCUCCACUCCUCACACAGUAUUUGUGGAUCCCAAAGAAAUCAAAUCAGAUUUGCAUGAUGAGCCUGAGAUUGGAGGUCACAAGGAUGUGAAUGGAGAUUCCACAACACAACAUAAAAAGAAGAAAAGCCUGGUUAGCAAGGUCUCUAAGGCUUUUAAAAGCUUUGUUAUCUGUGGUUCAAGGAUUUGACUACUUGACAGAGAUGUAUGCCCUUAGCAUGUCAUAAAUUAGUAACGGUUAUAAGCAUUCGAUAGUUUAAGUAACGUAUCCAUUACGUUACUUUUUUCAUCCUCCAUACAUUCUCAACCCUAAUAUGUAUAGCAUCAUGUACAUGGCUAUUAAUUAUAUUACAAGGGUUAUGUUUUUUCAUCCUCCAUACAUUCUCAACCCUAAUAUGUAUAGCAUCAUGUACAUGGCUAUUAAUUAUAUUAUAAGGGU